CGGAACUUUCUCUUUAUUAGACGACACCUCUCGACGCGAAUCUCGUCGUCACUCGUCGUCUCUUCCCACAGAGAGAGGUUUUUGAAAAUGGCGGCGAUGAGAUACAAAGGAAGCGUUUUUAUCACAAUCAUCUUCUUCUCCUUUGUCCUUCUUCCGUGCCCUUUUGCUCACUCUUCUUCUACAAAAUCGUUCUUUUGGUUAGGAGAAACAGAAGCUAUGAAAGCCAUCGAAAAGGAGAAGGAGAUUGAUGUUGGAGCAGCUAUUGAAGUUGAAGAAAGACAAGUUCCGACUGGAUCCGACCCGCUCCAUCAUAACCACAUUCCCUUUACUUCUCCAUAAAUUGAUUCUAUUAUUUCUUUUACAUCUUCUGUUUCCCAUAAUUCACUUAUUGGUUUGUAACAUUUUCUAUAUUCCAGUUUUGGGUUUUCUUUUGCGAAUGUUUAUUUAAUGUAAUUUCAGAGUUUAAAAGACUAACUUGGCAGCAU